UGACAGAAAAUGGAAUUCAGAAAUUUCUUGUAAUUUAUUCUAGCAUUGAGAAGAAAUCAUUUUUGGAAACUACAAAACUAUGAAUAAUUUUAUACAUUUCAUUUAAUAAAUUUAAAAGUUGCAAUAACAAAAAUUUUCAUCAAAAUGCAAGAGACAAAUGUAACCUAAAAGUUAUUUCAAAAUUAUAACCAAUGUUUAUUGAAUUACAUUUGGAAAAAUGUUUCUCAUUUCAGAAAUGAUUGAAAAGAAAAUUACGAAAAAAACUAAUUUUCUAAAAAUGAACAAAAUUUGAGAAUUAAAAAAUUCUGACAGCAACCAAAAAAAAAAAUUAUGAUUACUUACCAAAAAAGAAAAUGAAUGCAGCAAUAGUGGCAUUGGGACUAGCGACAGCAAUUUCUAUCAUCAUAAUUGGUUUAUCAAUUUUUCGCAAUGGAUCACAAUCAAAUUUAUCACAACUCGAAACAUAUCUCUAUCAGGACAAUAGCAACUUGGAAGAAGAUUUAAACGAUAUUCUCGCAUUUAUUCCACUAGAUGACGUUAAACGUCUAAUUCACAGUUAUGCAUCGUACGAUAAGCAAAUUAAUGAGACAAUAACAUUUAUCAAUGACAUGAAAUCCUAUAUUAUUAUUGAAUUCAAAAAAUUACCAAAUAUUCAAUUAAUUCAUCGUGUUUUGCAAAAAAAUGGCUUAAAAAUCAAAUAUUGGCGUGAUGAGAUACACGAAUUUUGGAAUAAUAUUCCACCAUAUGAGAAUACAAUAAAUAAUCAUAAUUCAUAUGGUGGUCUUACAACAAUGAUUAAUGCAAUUUUAAAUAAAAUACAAAUACAAGAAUUACACAUACUUCUUUGUUCAAAAGUCAUUGAAUCAAGAAGUUUUCGACAUUUUAUUUUACUUCUAAUGUCCAAGGAAUUUGAUGAACUUUGUCGGGGAAUUGAAGAAAGUCGCGAACUACAAAGAUUAUUUCAUUGGGCAAAAGAGGCUGAUAUUGAAAUUAUUUUUGCCAUUGAACUUCUUACUCAUCUUCAUUCUUAUCUCACCACAAAACUUUAUGUUGAUAAUUUUCUCAUCACUUGAUUAAAAAAACAAAAAAAAAAAUAAAAAAUACAAUAAAAUAUUUUUUGGAAAAUAUAAUUUACCUAAAUUUUUUAAAACAUUUUUAUAGGUAUAAAAUUGCUUGAGAAUAUUUCAAUUGUAAUUGUGUAAAAUUAAUAAAAUUUCGAAAAGAGAAACACGAUGGAAGCUAUUGUCCCCCGUAUGGUGGAGCUUAUGGCAAGAAAGGAAGGCUGAAUUUAAUAAUGCAGAGAGUAAGGCUAGACAUUUUGUACACAGUGAAAUUGGUACAUACUGCUUUUGGGCAUCUUCAAUAUCCGAGGAGUUCAAGCAACUCGGGGUAUUGUCUAGGAUUUUGGCUUGUGUUUAUAGAGAACGAUUCUAAACUAGAAUUUUUCAAUAAUAUUCAGACAAAAAAAAAAAAAGUGAAACUACAAAAGUGAUUUUUUUUCCCUCGAAAUAUUGUUCUCAAACUAUUUUUCAAAAAAGUAAAAAAAUAAACUGAAAAAAAAUUAUUAGA